CAAAGGCCAAGGCCAGCCAGGACACCCCCUUGGAUCACACUGAACUCGCCACAUCCCCAAAGCGGCUGAACCCUCUGCAACAACCAGCCCAGGUCACACCCGAGGCCCCAUGGAGUUCCCUGGCCUAGGGGCCCUGGGGACCUCCGAGUCCAUGCCUCAAUUUGUGGACCCCACCUUGGUAUCCUCGCCACCAGAGUCGGGGGUCUUCUUCCCCUCUGGGCCUGAAGGCUUGGACGCAGCAGCCUCCUCCACUGCCCCCAGCACCGCCACCGCUGCGGCUGCAGCACUGGCCUACUACAGGGAUGCUGAGGCCUACCGGCACUCCCCAGUCUUUCAGGUGUACCCACUGCUCAACUGUAUGGAGGGGAUCCCAGGGGGCUCACCAUACACUGGCUGGACCUACGGCAAGUCGGGGCUCUACCCUGCCUCAACUGUGUGCCCCACCCGCGAGGACUCCCCUCCCCAGGCCACAGAAGACCCAGAAGGCAAAGGUGGCAGCAGCUUCCUGGAGACCUUAAAGACAGAGCGGCUAAGUCCAGACCUCUUGACGCUAGGGCCUGCACUGCCUUCAUCCAUCCCUGUCCCCAGCAGUGCCUAUGGGGGUCCUGACUUUUCCAGUACCUUCUUCUCACCCACCGGGAGCCCCCUCAAUCCAGCGGCCUAUUCCUCCCCCAAGCUUCGUGGAACGCUGCCCUUGCCCCCCUGUGAGGCCAGGGAGUGUGUGAACUGCGGAGCAACAGCCACUCCACUGUGGCGGCGGGACAGGACAGGCCACUACCUAUGCAAUGCCUGUGGCCUCUAUCACAAGAUGAAUGGGCAGAACAGGCCCCUCAUCCGGCCUAAGAAGCGCCUGAUUGUCAGCAAACGGGCAGGUACCCAGUGUACCAACUGCCAAACAACCACCACUACACUGUGGCGAAGAAAUGCCAGCGGGGAUCCUGUGUGCAAUGCUUGCGGCCUCUACUACAAGCUACACCAGGUGAACCGACCACUGACGAUGCGGAAGGAUGGUAUUCAGACUCGAAACCGCAAGGCAUCUGGAAAAGGGAAAAAGAAACGAGGGUCAAAUCUGGGAGGUACAGGAGCAGCUGAAGGACCAGCUGGUGGCUUCAUGGUUGUGGCUGGAGGCAGCGGUAGUGGGAAUUGUGGGGAGGUGGCCUCGGGCUUGACACUGGGCCCACCCAGUACUGCCCAUCUCUACCAGGGCCUGGGCCCCGUGGUAUUGUCAGGGCCUGUCAGCCACCUCAUGCCUUUCCCGGGGCCACUGCUGGGUUCAACCACAGGCUCUUUCCCCACAGGCCCUGUACCUCCCACCACCACCACCACUGUGGUGGCCCCACUCAGCUCAUGAGGACACAGAGCAUGGGCUUGGGGCAGGGGUGAUGUCCCUUUUCUAUGUAGCCAGCAGUCUGUACAACCUAACCCUCUGGGCCCCAGACAUCCCCUGGCCUGGACCUUCAAAGUUUUUGUAAAAUAACACCACCAGAGUCCUGAAACUGGAGGUGUGAGUCUGUGUGGGACUGAAUAAACAGCAAUGGCAGA